AUGGCUAGCUUCGGCAAUAAACGACAAAGUCAGGAGAAAGGUGCUGGUGGAAAUCCUAUCCCAGCUGAGCACGACAACUUUCGAAGUGUGUACUAUACGAUACGAAAACACAUGGAUGUCUCCUAUCUACGCCUUCUUAACAAACGGUACCCUUCCCAUCGACAAAUCUCAAGCCCGAAAAUUACGUUACCGUUCGGCGCGAUACACAAUCAUCAACGAUGUCUUGGGGACUAUGUCCUUCGGGAAAUCCACAGCAGAGUCUGCGGUGACCAUUCAGGGUCCCAAUCGUUGGCACAUAAGGCUUUUCAGCAAGGGUAUUACUGGCCAACUACGCACCAAGAUGCGAAUAUGCUAGUGAAGAAGUGCGACAAAUGCCAACGGUUCGGCAAUGUGCCUCACAUCCCUACAGAGCCUCUCUCACCAAUCGUAAGCCCAUGGCCUUUCGCCCAAUGGGGACUGGACUUGAUCGGUCCGAUGCUGCAAGGCAAGGGUCAGGUCAAGUAUGUUGUUGUUGCCGUGGAUUAUUUCACCAAAUGGGUAGAAGUCGAAGCUCUAGCAACUAUAACGGCAGCUAGAAUGGAAGACUUCAUUUGGACGAACAAUUGCUGCCGAUUCGGUAUCCCCUAUGCAAUCAUCAUCGAUAACGGCAGGCAAUUUGAUUCGGAAAUCUUUAGGUAG